AUGGCCAGUCCAGCGCCUCACCGGAAAAAGAAGUCAUUCAUUGACAAGAAGAAGGCGGUGACCUUUCACUUGGUGCACAGGAGUCAGAAGGACCCCCUGGCAGCAGAUGAGAAAGCACCUCAACACGUCCUGCUGCCCACCGCUAAGGCGGAUGCAGAGAAGCGGCGAGAAGAGCAGAGGAAUUUUGGCGUCUUCUUUGACGACGACUACGAUUACCUGCAGCACCUAAAGGAAGCUUCCGGGCAGACGGAGCUGCUGGCCGCCAGACCCUCGCACACCUCUAAUCUCCGACAUGAUGAUGAUGAUGAUGAUGAUGACGAUGACAUUGAUGAGAAAGAUCAAGUUGUACCUCCCAGAGCGGCGGGCAUUAAGCUUCCAUCGUCGGUAUUCGCCUCCGAUUUCGAGGAAGCUGUGGGGCUCCUCAACAAAGCUGCUCCCAUCUCAGGGCCACGUCUGGACAUGGACCCUGACAUUGUGGCCGCCCUGGACGAGGACUUUGACUAUGACGACCCCGACAACGCGCUGGAAGACGACUUUAUCGCCAAAGCCAAUUGUGCCAGCGGUGCCCAACCCGGAGAUGACGACGACUCGUGGGAGGAUACGGACGAUGACGAGGAUGGCGAGUUUGAUUCCGAGGGUGCCUUUUCCGACGAUGAGGGUAACGCUAUGGAGUUCCCGUUCGACGAGGAGGAGACGAGAACUCGUUUCACUGAGUACUCCAUGACGUCGUCAGUGAUGCGCCGUAACGAGCAACUCAGCCUGCUGGACGAUCGCUUCGAGAAGUUUUACGAGCAAUUUGACGACGACGAGAUCGGUGCCCUGGAUAACGCCGAGCUGGAAGGCUACAUCGCGCCCGAUAGCGCUCGUCUGGAAGAGGUCAUCAAAGACUACUUCGCACAGAAAGAAAAAGAGUCCUUGAGGCCUGAUGACUUGGGUCCAAAAGAACUUCCUGUCCUGCAAGAGGAAGAAGACGAGGGUGAGGAGGAAGAGAUGGAAACGUUGGUCAUCGAAGCCACAGAGGAGAAGUGGGACUGUGAGACCAUCAUCAGUACCUACUCCAACAUCUACAACAGACCCAAAGUCAUCGAAGAUCCGCCAAAGGUGAAACCGAUCCACGUCUCCAGUAAGACGGGGUUCCCCCUAGAUGUCCUUACCGCCAGAGGUCCCACCAGCAAGCAGGCGGAGCGAAUGAGCAGGAUCAACGACGCAGACCUGCCUCGCGCCGCCACCCUGCCACGUGACCGAGAUGAGAGCAAGGACCAGAGGAAAGCCCGCAAAAGUGCCAUCAAGGAGGAGCGAAAGGAGAGGCGCAUGGAGAAGAAGGCCAACAAGAUGUCAUUUAAGGAGGAGAAGUUGCGUCAGGAAAAGCAACUGAUCAACAUCAGGAACAAUGUUCAGGGCCUCAAACUCUCGUAG